AGGGUAACCAGUCUUGUCAUUCAGUAUAACGGUCACGUUGGCAUUUCUUCAACUCUUCCUUCCUCCUCCAGCUCUGCCGCCUACCAAGCUUGGAUAGUUUCAAGGUUGCUCUUGAAACUUCUAGCAGCCAACCAAAAAAUGGUUCUACAAAACGAUAUCGAUUUGUUGAAUCCUCCAGCAGAGCUUGAGAAGAAGAAGCACAAACUCAAGCGUCUCGUUCAGUCUCCCAAUUCUUUCUUCAUGGAUGUGAAAUGCCAAGGCUGCUUCAACAUAACAACUGUGUUUAGCCAUUCUCAAACUGUGGUGGUGUGUGGUAACUGCCAGACUGUUCUUUGCCAGCCGACAGGAGGUAGAGCUAGACUCACCGAGGGAUGCUCUUUCAGGAAAAAGGGGGACUGAUUUGCUAUUAUGUAUGAUUGACAAGAGUUUCAAUUGGUCUGAAUAUAUGGGUCAUAUUUUUGUUUCAAUUAUGACAUAUAUAUGAUUGACAAGAGUUUCAAUUGAUCUGAUUAUGGGUCAUCUUUUUGUUUCAAUUAUGACAUAUGUAAGUUAUUUUUUGUAGUAAGUUUUCAGGAUUUGAUUCUAAGCUUGUUACUUCAUGGUUUUUGU